AUGAAUAGCAUUCUAAUGUCAAGUAAUGGAACCACUUAUACCAUAAAAUCUUAAUUAGGUAGUGGUUCAUUUGGGACUGUAUAUCAAGUCUUAGAUAUGAGAAUUAACAAAUAUUUUGCUUGCAAAAUAGUAUUUAUUUUAGUUAAAUAAUAGAUUUCAAAAGCAUUGUUAUAGAAAUAUAAUGCAGAAUCAAUGAUUAGACAAGAGAUUAAAAUAUAAUCAACACUAAAUCAUAAAAACAUACUAAAAGUCUAUCAUUCUUUUGAAGACAAUUAAAAUAUUUAUAUCAUUUCUGAAUACUGUUCCCGUGGAUCGUUAUAAGUUCCAAAGACCCCUUAUUCAGAAAAAGAUGUCUUUAACGUAUGUAUAUCCUUGUUAGGAGCUUUGGACUGUUUACAUUAGAAUAAAAUAAUUCAUCGAGAUUUGAAAGUAAUAUAAUUUUUAAUCUUCUAAAAAUAGUUAGAAAAUGUUUUUCUUCAUGAGGAUGGAACAUAUAAAUUAGGGGACUUUGGUUGGGCCACUUAUAUUGAUAAAGUGGAGCCCAUUCUUUGUGGAACUACUGAAUAUAUGCCACCAGAAGUUGUUUUAAAAUAAUAACAUAAUUACAAAGUAGAUUGUUAUUCACUUGGAGCAUUAAUUUAUGUAUCAUUAUCUAAAGUAUUAAAAUAAGAUUUUACUUCAUACUCAUUUUCCAUUUUAAGGUAAUUCUUAACCUGAAUUGAUUGGAAAAAUAGUGAGUUAAGAAGUCAUUGUUAAUAGAAAUGUUGAUGAGGAUUUACAAAUUUUAAUUUAAGCAUUAUUAACUAAAGAUUUUAAUGAAAGGCCUACAGUAUAAUAAUUGUACUUAAGUAAAUGGAUAAAAAAAUAAAUGAAGUUAAAUAAUAUUUUCAAUAAAUAUGAAAAUGAAUAAUUAAAAAAUAAGUUUAGAUAGAAAAAUAUCACAAUAAAAACUUUGGAAAUGAAGUAAUAUUUUAAAUAAUAAUAUUAAAGUGGAUCAGUUAAAUCUAGUUUAUCGGAUAGUCAAAAAAGUUCAUUAACUCACAGUUCUAGUACCUAAAUUAGCUCAUCAAAUAAUCCUUGUUCACCUCUUAUUAAUAAAUGCAAUAUGGAUUAAAUAUUUAACUUUAAGGAUUUUGAUAGUAUCAAUUCUGUACCAUAACCUAAACUUUACUGA